AUGGCUUUUGCCGCUCCCGCCAUCACCUCGACACUCUUCUCACGCCUGUUCCGUCCCUUCUCGACUACCUCGCCCUCCCUCUCUCUGGCCCCGGAAUCGCGAUCCCGCAACAUGUCCAGCACCACCUCGCAGGCCACUGUAGCUGCCGGCUGCUUCUGGGGCGUCGAGCACCUGUUCCGGAAACAGUUCGGCAAUGGCAAGGGACUGCUGGAUGCGAAAGUGGGCUACAGCGGCGGAGAGACGUCGUCGCCGUCGUACCGGGCCGUGUGUUCCGGCAACACAGGACAUGCCGAAGCUCUUCAGGUGACGUUUGAUCCGUCGCUGGUGACAUAUCGCCAGCUCCUCGAGUUCUUCUACCGCAUGCACGACCCCACCACGGCGAACCGCCAGGGCCCCGAUGUCGGCACCCAGUACCGCAGUGCUAUCUUCACGCACGGCGACGAGCAGCAGACGAUUGCCGAGGAUGUCACGGCCAAGGUUAGCGCAGAGUGGUACAAGCAGCCCCUUUCCACGCAGGUCGUGCCUGCGGGCCAGUGGUGGAAUGCCGAGGACUACCACCAGCUGUAUCUCAACAAGAACCCGUCUGGCUACGAGUGUCCCGCUCAUUUUGUGCGGGACUUCCCUCCUCUCUCGGAUUGA